AUGGCUGGAAAUGCUUUUGCUUUACCAUUUAUGUCCAAUGUGAAUAAUUAUUCUAUUGAAUCGUGUACUUUCAGGAAGGAAAUAUGUGCUUAUUAUUUAGAACAUGCCAGUGUUAGCCAUAUUCAAAAGCAUUUUUAUUUUUUUGAGGAAGAAGCUCGUUCAUUACUUGCUUUAGGAUUGUCAAUUCCUGCGUAUGAUCAGCUACUGAAGACAUCUCAUUUUUUUAAUAUAUUGGACUCUAGAGGUUGUGUUGGGGUAACAGAGCGUGCACGUUAUUUUGGUCGGAUGCACAGACUGAUAUCUGUUGAAAAUCUUUGUCCUCAGCAAGCAGAGAAUGAACUUAAGGUUCGGGCUGCUGAGGGUUUUUUCCGUAGAUAUGUUGUUCCACUGGACUCUAAGUUCAUAAAGGCAAAUGGUGAGUCAGUUUGA